AGUGACAAUGGUGACAACAGUGACAACAGUGACAACGGUGACAACAGUGACAACAGUGACAACGGUGACAACAGUGACAACAGUGACAACGGUGACAACAGUGACAACAGUGACAACGGUGACAACAGUGACAACAGUGACAACAGUGACAACAGUGACAACAGUGACAACAGUGACAACGGUGACAACAGUGACAACAGUGACAACAGUGACAACGGUGACAACGGUGACAACAGUGACAACAGUGACAACGGUGACAACGGUGACAACAGUGACAACAGUGACAACGGUGACAACAGUGACAACGGUGACAACAGUGACAACAGUGACAACAGUGACAACAGUGACAACAGUGACAAUGGUGACAACAGUGACAACGGUGACAACGGUGACAACAGUGACAACAGUGACAACAGUGACAACGGUGACAACGGUGACAACAGUGACAACAGUGACAACGGUGACAACAGUGACAAAAGUGACAACAGUGACAACAGUGACAAAGGUGACAACAGUGACAACGGUGACAACAGUGACAACGGUGACAACAGUGACAACAGUGACAACGGUGACAACAGUGACAACGGUGACAACAGUGACAACAGUGACAACAGUGACAACGGUGACAACAGUGACAACAGUGACAACGGUGACAACGGUGACAACAGUGACAACGGUGACAACAGUGACAACAGUGACAACAGUGACAACGGUGACAACAGUGACAACAGUGACAACAGUGACAAAAGUGACAACGGUGACAACAGUGACAACAGUGACAACGGUGACAACAGUGACAACAGUGACAACGGUGACAACAGUGACAACAGUGACAACAGUGACAACGGUGACAACGGUGACAACAGUGACAACAGUGACAACGGUGACAACAGUGACAACAGUGACAACGGUGACAACAGUGACAACAACAACAGUGACAACAGUGACAACGGUGAGAACAGUGACAAUGGUGACAACAGUGACAACGGUGACAAAAGUGACAACAGUGACAACGGUGACAACUGUGACAACAGUGACAAUGGUGACAAGUGACAACAGUGACAACGGUGACAACAGUGACAACGGUGACAACAGUGACAACAGUGACAACAGUGACAACGGUGACAACGGUGACAACAGUGACAACGAUGACAACAGUGACAACAGUGACAACAGUGACAACGGUGACAACAGUGACAACGGUGACAACAGUGACAACGGUGACAACAGUGACAACGGUGACAACAGUGACAACGGUGACAACAGUGACAACAGUGACAACAAUGACAACAGUGACAACAGUGACAAUGGUGACAACGGUGACAACAGUGACAACAGUGACAACAGUGACAACGGUGACAACAGUGACAACGGUGACAACGGUGACAACGGUGACAACGGUGACAACAGUGACAACAGUGACAACGGUGACAACAGUGACAACGGCGACAACAGUGACAAUGGUGACAACAGUGACAACAGUGACAACAGUGACAACAGUGACAAGUGACAACAGUGACAACAGUGACAACAGUGACAACAGUGACAACGGUGACAACAGUGACAACGGUGACAACAGUGACAACGGUGACAACAGUGACAACAGUGACAACAGUGACAACAGUGACAACAGUGACAACAGUGACAACAGUGACAACAGUGACAACAGUGACAACAGUGACAACGGUGACAACAGUGACAAUGGUGACAACAGUGACAACAGUGACAACAGUGACAACAGUGACAACGGUGACAACAGUGACAACAGUGACAACAGUGACAACGGUGACAACGGUGACAACAGUGACAACGGUGACAACAGUGACAACAGUGACAACAGUGACAACAGUGACAACAGUGACAACAGUGAGAAUGGUGACAACGGUGCGAACAGUAACAACAGUGACAACAGCGACAACGGUGACAACAGUGACAAUGGUGACAACAGUGACAACAGUGACAACGGUGACAACGGUGACAACAGUGACAACGGUGACAACAGUGACAACAGUGACAACGGUGACAACAGUGACAAAGGUGACAACAGUGACAACAGUGACAACGGUGACAACGUUUUAGUGACAACGGUGACAACAGUGACAACAGUGACAACAAUACAACAAAAGUGACAGUGACAAAGGUGACAAAAGUGACAAAAGUGACAACACUGACAAACAGACAACAACAGUGACAAUAGUGACAACAAUCAGACAACAAUGACAACAGUGACAACGGUGAAAACGGUGACAACAGUGACAACGGUGACAACAGUGACAACGGUGACAACGGUGACAACAGUGACAACAGUGACAACGGUGACAACAGUGACAACAGUGACAACAGUGACAACGGUGACAACAGUGACAACAGUGACAACAGUGACAACGGUGACAACAGUGACAACAGUGACAACAGUGACAACAGUGACAACAGUGACAACAGUGACAACAGUGACAACAGUGAGAACAGUGACAACAGUGACAACGGUGACAAAAGUGACAACGCUGACAACAGUGACAAGUGACAACGGUGACAACAGUGACAAUGGUGACAACCGUGAGAACAGUGACAACAGUGACAACUGUGACAAAAGUGACAACGGUGACAAAAGUGACAACAGUGACAACGGUGACAACAGUGACACAGUGACAACGGUGAAAAGUGACAACGGUGACAAAAUGACAACGGUGACAACGGUGACAACAGUGACAACGGUGACAACAGUGACAAGCGUGAAAACUGUGACAACAGUGACAACGGUGACAACAUUGACAACAGUGAAAACAGUGACAAUGGUGACAACAGUGAACACCGUGACAACCGUGACAACAGUGACAACGGUGACAAUGGUGACAAAGGUGACAAGCGAAAACAGUGACAACAGUGACAACAGUGACAACAGUGACAACAACGGUGACAACAGUGACAACGGUGACAACGGUGACAACAGUGACAACAGUGAAAACGGUGACAACCGUGACAACAGUGACAACAGUGACAACGGUGACAACAGUGACAACAGUGACAACUGUGACAACAGUGACAACGGUGACAACAGUGACAAUGGUGACAACCGUGACAACAGUGACAAUGGUGACAACAGUGACAACGGUGACAACAGUGACAACAGUGACAACAGUGACAACAGUGACAACAGGACAACGGUGACAACAAUGACAACGGUGACAACAGUGACAACAGUGUAAACGGUGACAACAUUGACAACGGUGACAACUGUUACAACAGUGACAACAGAAACAACAGUGACAGACGUGACAACAGUGACAUCAGUGAUAACGGUGACAAUGUUGACAGCAGUUACAACAGUGACAACAGUGAGAACACUGACAACGGAGACAAUAGUGACAACAGUGAGAACACUAACAACAGUGAGAACAGUGACAGCAGUGACAAUGUGACAACAGUGACAAUAGUGACAACAGGAGACAACGGUGACAACAGUGACAACGGUGACAACGGUGACAACGGUGACAACAGUGACAACGUGACAACAGUGACAACAGUGACAACAGUGACAACGGUGACAACGGUGACAACAGUGACAACUGCGAACAGCAGUGACAACGAUGACGGUGACAACAGUGACAACAGUGACAACAGUGACAAAAAUGACAACAGUGACAACGGUGACAACCUUGACAACAGUGACAACGGUGACAAAAGUGACAACAGUGACAAUGGCGACAACAGUGACAACGGUGACAACAGUGACAACAGUGACAAUGGUGACAAUGACAACAGUGAAAACAGUGACAACAGUGAAAACAGUGACAACAGUGACAACAGUGACAAAAGUGACUGUAGUGACAACGACAACUGACUACGGUGACAACAGUGACAAGGGUGACAAUGGUGACAACAGUGACAACAGUGACAACAGUGACAAUGGUGACAACAGUGACAACAGUGACAACAGUGACAACAGUGACAAAAGUGACAACAGUGACAACAGCGACAACAGCGACAACGGUGAAAACAGCAACAACAGUGACAACCACGACAAUGGUGACAACAGCUACAGCAGCGACAAUGAUGACAACAGUGUCAAAAGCGACAACAGUGACAACAAUGACAACAGUGACAACGCAACAACAGUGACAACAGUGACAACAGUGACAACAGUGACAAAAGUGACAACUGUGACAACACUGACAACAGUGACAAAAGUGAUAAAAGAGACAACGGUGAAAACAUUGACAACAGUGACAACAGUGAGAACGGUGACAUCGGUGACAACAGUGACAACGGUGACAUUGGUGACAACAGUGACAACGGUGACAAUGGUGACAAAAGUGACAAUAACUGACAACAGUGACAAUGGUGACAACAGUGACAACAGUGACAACGGUGACAACAGUGACAACAUUGACAACGGUGACAACGUGACAACGGUGACAAAAGUGACAACGGUGACAAAAGUGACAACGGUGACAACAGUGACAACGAUGACAAUGAUGACAACAGUGACAACAGUGACAACAGUGACAACACUGACAACAGUGACAACGGUGACAAUGGUGACAACGGUGAAAAUGAGUGACAACAGUGACAACAGUGAGAAAAGUGACAACAGUGACAACAGUGACAACGGUGACAACAGUGACAACAGUGACAAUGGUGACAAUGGUGACAACAGUGACUACGGUGACAACGGUGACAAAAGUGACAACAGUGACAAGGGUGACAACGGUGACAACGGUGACAACAGUGACAACGGUGACAACAAUGACAACGGUAACAACGUGACAACAGUGACAACAGUGACAACGGUGACAACGGUGACAACAGUGAAAACGGUGACAACAGUGACAACGGUGACAACAGUGACAACCGUGACAACGGUGACAACACAACGACAACAGUGACAAAAGUGACAACGGUGACAAUGUGACAAAAGUGACAAUGGUGACAUCAGUGACAACAGUGACAAAGGUGAUGACCGUGACAACAGUGACAACACUGAGAACGGGUGACAAAAGUGACAAACAGUGACAACUGUGACAAUGGUGAAAACAGUGACACUGGUGACAAUGGUGACAACAGUGACAACAGUGACAACGGUGACAACAGUGACAACGGUGACAACAGGUGACAACAGUGACAAAAGUGACAACGGUGACAAACAGUGACAAAAGUGACAACAGUGACAACAGUGACAACAGUGACAACGGUGACAACGUGACAACAGUGACAACGGUGACAACAGUGACAACGGUGAGAACAGUGACAACAGGGACAACCGUGACAUUAGGGACAACGGUGACAACGGUGACAACAGUGACAAAGGUGACAACAGUGAGAACAGUGACAACGGUGACAACAGUGACAACGGUGACAAUGGUGACAACAGUGACAACGGUGACAACAGUGACAACGGUGACAACAGUGACAACGGUGACAACAGUGACAACGGUGACAACGGUGACAACAGUGACAACAGUGACAACAGUGACAACAGUGACAACGACGACCAAGGCGACAACAGUGACAACGGUGACAACAGUGACAACGGUGACAACCGUGACAACGGUGACAACGGUGACAAGAGUGACAACGGUGACAACGGUGACAACAGUGACAACGGUGACAACAGUGAAAACGGUGACAAAAUGACAAUGAUGACAAAAAGGUGACAAAAAGUGACAACAGUGACAACAGUGACAAAAGUGACAACAGUGACAACAGUGACCGCGGUGACAACGUUGACAAUGGUGACAACAGUGACAAUGAUGACAACAGUGUGACAACAGUGACAACGGUGACAGCGGUGACAACAGUGACAACAGUGUCAAUGGUGACAAAAGUGACAACAGUGACAACAGUCACAACGGUGACAACAGCCACAACAGUGACAAUCGUGACAACAGUGACAACAGUCACAACAGUGACAACGGUGACAACAGUGACAACAACAGUGACAACGGUGACAAUAAUGACAACAGUGACAACGGUGACAAUGACAACACAACAGACUACGGUGACAACAGUGACAAUGGUGACAACGGUGACAACAGUGACAAGAGUGACAAUGGAAACAAAAGUGACAACAAUGACAACAGGUGAAAUGGUGACAAAAAGACAACAGUGACAAUGUGACAACAGUGACAACGGUGACAACAGUGACAACAGUGACAACAGUGUCAAUGGUGACAAAAGUGACAACAGUGACAACAGUGACAAGAGCAUCAAGGGUGACAACAGCGACAACAGUGACAACAGUGACAAU